GAAUACAGAAAAAAUUGGGCUAUUUUCGGAAAUAGAAACAAGAAGCGCUACUCACAUCAAAGUAUCAAACUACUGUGCCCCAAAUCUCAUCAACCUGCCACUUCUUUCUGAGCUUAAUCUGAUUUCUUCGAGAGAAAAAGAAAGGAAAACCAUGGCGUUUUUACUCAACAAAACCGCUCUCUCCGCGCUCCGCUUCAAUUCCCUGAAAUCCAAUGAUGCGCUGGCGCUCUCAAGGCGUGGGUUUCAUGUGGAGCCGGGGCCGCGCGAGAAGGCUCUCUUGGCGGAGGACUCUUCUCUAAGACGCUUCAAAUCACAUAAGCAUGGAGUACGACGACUCAGAGUUGUAGGAGAUGUUCUUACUGUUGUAGUUGUAGCCGGAUGCUGCUACGAGAUCUAUGAUAGAGCAGUUAGGCGAGAGGAAGCCCGUAAGAAGGCAACUUAGAGUGUGUGCCAGUUUGAUAUUUUUGCUCUAGCAACUUGUUCCAACUCUAUUGCUGGUACUGAAAUAAAUGCAAAAAACUUCUAAUUUCCAUGGCUCGGUUGUGAUCUUUCAGCUACAAGAUUGUGAGUGGAAGUUUUUCUGUAUUGAUUUAUUGCAUUAACUUGCUUUAAUCUCGCAAACUAUAUGUUUUGUGAUGAAUCUCACUCUAGAAAUAUCUGCCAUCCUAGAAAUAACAUUAUUCACCUGGAAAAUUGUUUUCAUUCUGUA